AUGGCGGUGCUGCUCGGCGCUGUUCUGGCUGCCCCUGUUCGCGCGGCGGCGGAAGCGGGGGAGGACAGGUGGCGCGGAGCUGAUGUGUCCACUCUCCAUGUGACACCAUCCCUAUUUGGGACUUCUUCUUUUGAAAUUUUGAUGUUUCCUGGUGGAAUAACAAUUAUACCUCCACAAAAUGUUUUUGUCCUUCGGAAGCCUGAUGGCUUAUUUAAUUUCUCGUUGAACUUUCCUAUUGACGUUGUACAGGACAAAGUGGGCGAAUUGAAGGCCCAGAUGAAAUCCGGAUUAUUUCUUAACAAACUUGAGAUCCUACAUGUUACGUUGAUAAAUCUCGAUGGUUCAACAGCUGCCCGUCCUAAAGUUGUUCAAACAUCUAUUCUCCUUGCUAUUGGGGCAGAUAACAAACCACCAUCAUCACGAAGAUUGAAACAGUUGGCUCAAACAUUAAGAAAUUCUUCUUCAAGAAACUUGGGUUUGAACCACACUCUGUUUGGGAGAGUGAAACAGAUUAGCCUGUCCUCUUAUCUGCAGCAUUCACUAAACAAUGCUGGCAGUGCUCAUCCCCCAAGACCAGCUCCAGAACCUUACAAUCAACCCCAUUCAACUUAUCCGGAUGAUAAUGACAACCACCAUCACCAUGGUUACCACCAUCAGCACCACCAUCACCACCAUGAUUCUUAGUUAUCCGGGUUAGCAGCAUUUGACCCCUGCCCCUGCUCCUGCUCCUAUGCAUAGCACACCAAUUUUUGUGAGUUGUGAUUCCAGUUG